AUGGACCGCCUCCUCGUCCCCUCGACACACGGCAAGCCCCGCCAGAAACUCCAGCCCCGGCCGGAUGCCAAGCCAAGCCAGCCGUCGCCCGCUCAGCCCGUCUCGCUCGCCGCCACCCUGUCGAGGCAGCUCAAGAGCGCCAACGACCUGCUGCUGUCGUGGAAGGAUGGGCUGUCGGCCGACCAACGGGAGCGCGUGAGGCUGCGCGAGGAGCGAAGAAACGUCCUGUGCCACCGCAUCAAGACGGCCGACUCGUUCCAGCAGUGGCAGGCCGCCGCCCAGGAACUCGACGCCCUCGAGGGCAACGACGCGUGGAAGCUCGACGUCAGCUCCGACGACUACAACCCCGGGCUCAUCGAGCAGCGCCUGCGCGCCCUCGACGACGCCCGUCUCCGCCGCGACAUCCGCUCCAUGAUGCACCUCAUCCGCACCUCGCUCUCGCGCGACCUGGCCGGCAUGGGCAACGUCGACCUCUACCGCAACUCGUACGUCGGCACAAAGAAGCUCAUUGAGCGCUACGUCGACUCGGCCAUCCAGACCAUCGACGCCGUCGUCGCCCUCGACCACGGCCCCGACUCGCGCGACCUGCUCGAGGGCAUGCUCUUUGCCCGCCAGAGCUUUGGCCGCAGCGCCCUGCUGCUCUCGGGCGGUGGCACCUUUGGCAUGACGCACAUUGGCGUCCUCAAGGCCCUCUUCGAGGCCCGCCUGCUGCCGCGCAUCAUCUCGGGCUCGAGCGCCGGCAGCAUCGUCUGCGCCGUCAUGUGCACACGCACCGACGAUGAGAUCCCCGCCGUCCUCGACGAGUUUCCUCACGGCGACCUGGCCGUCUUCGAGGCCGCCGACAGCAGCCUCGGCCUCCUCGACCACCUGCGCCGCCUGCUGACCGAGGGCAGCUGGUCCGACAUUGACAACCUGACGCGCGUCAUGCGCGGCCUCGCCGGCGACCUGACUUUCCAGGAGGCCUACAACCGCACCCGCCGCAUCCUCAACAUCUGCGUCUCGCCUGCCUCCAUCUACGAGCUCCCACGCCUCCUCAAUUACGUCACCGCCCCCAACGUCCUCAUCUGGUCCGCCGUCGCCGCCUCGUGCUCAGUGCCCCUCUUCUUCUCGUCGUCACCCCUGCUCGUCAAGGACCCCGUCACCGGCGACCACCAUCCCUGGAAUCCGACGCCCCAGCGCUUCAUCGACGGCUCCGUCGACAACGACCUGCCCAUGACGCGACUCUCGGAAAUGUUCAACGUCAACCACUUCAUCGUCUCCCAGGUCAACCCCCACGUCAUCCCCUUUCUCUCAAAGGACGACCACCUGUCACCCGACGCGGAGCCCAGCCGCAACCGGCAGCGUGCCGCCGAGCUCGACUGGACCAACACGCUGGCGUCGCUGGCCAAGGAGGAGGCCCUGCAUAGACUGCAGUUCAUGGCCGACGUGGGCGUCUUUCCCAACCUCAUGACCAAGUGCCGCGGCAUCCUCAGCCAAAAGUACUCGGGCGACAUCACCAUCCUGCCCGAAAUCACCAUGCAUGACCUGCCGCGCCUCAUGCGCAACCCGACAGCCGACUUUAUGCUCAGGUCCUCGGUCCUGGGCGAGCGCGCCACCUGGCCCAAGCUCAGCCGCAUCCGAGACCGCUGUGCCAUUGAGCUCGCUCUCGACGGCGCCGUCCACCGCCUCCGCACCCGCGUCGUCUUUUCGCAGAGCCAGCGCGACCUGCGGGGGCUCGGCUCGGGCAUGGCCACGCUGCGGCCCAAGCUGCCGCUUUGCGUCUCGGGCCAGCCGCCGCUCGCGGACCCCCUGGGCACCGGGCUCGCAUCGAGGCGGCAGCGGCGACGGUCCGGCGGCAGCGUGCAGAUCCGGUCGUUUGGCCGCAUGAUGAUGGACCUGGGCAUCACGGACGACGAGACGGCCGACGAGGAGCGCUCCGAGAUGGUGUCGCGACGGAGCCAGGUCGACUCGCCGCCGGCGUCGCGGAAGCCCAAGUUGAAGAGGGCCAGCAGGAGCCACGUGCACGUGCCGCUGAGCCGCAUGUCGCUGCCCGUGUCGGCGCACCAGAGCGAGUUCCCGCUCGACUUUGACUUUUCCCAGCCGCUGCCCGUGACGCCGCACGGGCCCGGGGACUCUCGGCACGGCGCGUCCGACGAGGCGAAGCUGUCGGCGUGGGCACAGCACGCUGAGUCGCCGCGGGGGACCGCCACGUCUCCCACCGACGACAUGGAGACGAGCGAGCAGGGCCAUUCGAGCGACGCCGACGCGGAGCAGGGCACCGACGAGAGCGACUCGGACCCGUUUGAGGGCCAGUCCCGGACGGUCAGCGAGUCCAAGCACCACGGACACACGUGGUCCACGGGGGCCAUUGGCAGCGUUUGCUGA